UGAUGGGAGGCCAUUGAGCCCUGGAUCUUGACCACAGCAGGGCAAUUGGUAGCUGCCCCUCUGGGAGAGAUCCCCAGGGGUAACAGCCAUGGACCCUGGAAGGGCCUGGACUAGGGACAGGGACCAGAGCCAUUCCAAGGAGAGGACAUGGCCAACGGACUGGGGUGCACUUUAACAGCCCCGCUGGAGAGAGGGACCAGGGUGCCACCCUCCAGGGAGCCCAUACUGCAAGUCGGGCCAGAGGUGCCUCUAACCCUGAGGGCCAAUGAAACCCAAGACAAGCAAGUGAGUCGUGAGACCCCCAAGGAGCUGGGCCCUGGUCCCAGGCAGCGCUGGCCCCCAUGCUGCAGCUGGGUCUGGCCACGGUCGCCUAUGGCCUGCUGAGCCCAACAGCUACACCGCAGAGCCGGGUCCCAGACCCUGCAGCCUCAGUUGGAAGCAGCUGGUCCAGCCUGUGGAGGCUGUGGGGCAGCUCAGCCCAAGACCGCCCCCUCAGUCACUCUGUUCGCGCCCUCCACUGAGGAGCUCGGAGACAACAAGGCCACACUGGUGUGUCUCACGAGUGACUUCUACCCAGGCGCUGUGAUGGUGACCUGGAAGGCACAUGGCACCCCCACCACCCAGGGUGUGGAGACUACCACACCCUCCAAACAGAGCAACAAGUACACAGCCAGCAGCUACCUGAGCCUGACGCCGCAGCAGUGGAGGUCCCGCAGCAGCUACAGCUGCCACGUCACGCACAAAGAGAAAACCGUGGAGAAGACAGUGGCCACUGAAGGAUGUUCUUAGGCCCAACCCUCACCCCACCCACGGGGCCUGGAGCUGCACGUUCCCAGGGGAGAGGUCUCUCCCCCCAAUCCCAAGACAUCCAGCCCUUCUCCCUGCACCCAAAAAGCCCUCAAUAAAUAUUCUGAUUGUCAACCAGACA